CUAACAAGAUAAUCGAGCAACUUCCGCAAGGUCUUCAAAUCAGAAACAAGCUGCUUAGUCUUCUUCCCCAAAGUAUGCCAAAUGGGAUCAAGCUGUCUCCUCACAAUCUCAUCAAACGACUUGAACAGCCCAUUCUCCACAGUCAAAUCCUCCACAUCCACCUUAUUCGUCUUCCUCAUCUCCUUCAAACAAGCAUCCAUGACUUCAACAAUCGCCUUCUGUAUCCCAACCAUAUACUUACUCAUCGGAACCCUAACAUCCACCACCUCCGGCGGAUUCCUCUCCAGCUCCUCAGAAACGUACACCUGAAAUCUCGGCCACAAGUGAAGCUUCCGUAUGUAGAGCGCCUUCAUGAUCCUCUCCGUCUUCGCGAACCCGGCCACCAUCGCAUGCGGCCUGUCGGUGAACGCGCGAACGUACACCGACCGGCUCAUGGAUUUCACAAUUCGGACGAUGAACGCCUCGGUGGAGGUCUCGGAAAGCGAGUGCGCGUUCAGUAAGAUCAAGCCGGCGAGGGAGGAGAUGGGGAUUUUGUUGGAUUCUGGCGGUGAUGAAGCAUGUUUGGCCGGAGGAGUAGAGGGAGAGGCGGUGGUGUGCGGGGAGUUCGGCGGUGAUCUCGGCGAUUUCGUUGCUUCCGUCGGAGGAUUGUAGGUGGUGGGAGAUUUGGGACUUUAGGGAUUGGGAGGAAGGGGAGAGGAUUAGUAGAGAGCCCUGGGAAGGGUCGUGGAGGAGGAGAAGAGAAGAGAUGAGUUUGGAGAGUGAGAGGCCGGAGGAUAGGAUUACCAGUCCGCCGGAAGGUUCGUCGAGGAGCUCUGUGAUUACGUGCUCGUGAAAUCGGACCAUGGUGGCCGCCGGCGGGGCGGGAAGACGGACGGGGAAAGUGGUGGCAA